GCAAGUCCUGCACUCUCUUUCUCUCGAAGUCUCAAAGUCUCAACACGUACAAACGAGGGCAAAGGCACGGGCGCGGGCACCACCAUCUCUCCUCCAUCACCACCACCACCACCUCUAUAGAUACACACCAUUUCCUUUGCUUUCCUCUGUAAAACCCUAAUUGUCGAUUCCUCUUUUUCUCUUCCUAAAUUUCCCGCUUCUCUCUCUCUCUCGCUCUCGGUUCACUUCUCGAUUCUCUCGCCUGUCGAUCCACUUUCAUUACUAUUCCCAAAUCCUCACUUUCGUUGUUUAGUUCUUAGCCCUCUCUCUUUCUGAAAUCAGUUGCUUAUGCGCUCUUGAUUACAAGAUCUGUGUUGAUUAUUUUAUUGGGUGCUUCUCUUAAUCGAUGUAUUUUAGGGUUUCGGAAUAGCAUUGUUGGAGGUCCGGUCAAGGCUGGCGGGUAUUCGGGUCAAGUAAAUGGCGGAUCCGCCGAGUAUCCGCCCACUGUCAAUUGCUGCGUUUUCUCAUCUCUUUUAUGUGGAGGAGUUGGAGUUGAUAGGGUUGCAUAGUGCUGAGGAGAAAGAAGAGUGAAAAAGCAUGCUGAGCGUGCUACGUGUGCACCUCCCGUCGGAUAUACCUAUUGUAGGCUGUGAGUUAACGCCGUACGUCCUUCUACGGCGACCUGACAAGACCGUCACAACUGACGAUGUCCCUGAGUCGGCCCCUCUUGACGGUCAUUUCUUGAGAUAUAAGUGGUACCGGAUACAAAGUGAUAGAAAAGUUGCUGUAUGCAGUGUACAUCCAUCUGAGCAAGCCACAUUGCAGUGCCUAGGUUGUGUGAAAGCAAAAAUACCUGUUGCCAAAAGUUAUCAUUGCUCUCCCAAGUGCUUCUCUGAUGCAUGGCAGCAUCACCGAGUUCUACAUGACCGUGCUGCUAGUGCUGUAAAUGAAAAUGGAAAUGAGGAGGAAGAGUUAUUUGGGCGUUUCAAUAGCUCUGGAUCUGGAGUUAUUAAUACUGGUUUGUCUGGUUCUGCAUCAAGCGCUAGCUUGACUAAUGGUUCUGCACCUUUAUACCCUGCAGCAGUUGCACAAAGGAAUGGUGGUGAAACUUGGUUUGAAGUUGGACGGUCUAAAACAUAUACACCAUCAGCUGAUGAUAUAGGCCAUGUUCUUAAGUUUGAAUGUGUUGUCGUAGAUGUUGAAACUAAAUCACCUAUAGGACAUGUGAACACCAUGCUGACUUCUCGUGUCAUUCCUGCUCCUUCACCUACUCCCCGUCACUUGAUCCCAGUCAGUGGAGUUGAUAUGAUGGGGCAUUUAGAUUCAGAUGGACGUAUUUCGUCAUCUGGAACUUUUACUGUUCUUUCUUACAACAUUUUGUCUGAUGUUUACGCAACAAGUGAGACAUACAGUUAUUGUCCUUCAUGGGCUCUUUCUUGGCCAUAUCGAAGGCAGAAUUUGCUGCGGGAAAUAGUUGGAUAUCGUGCAGACAUUGUUUGUCUUCAGGAGGUUCAAAGUGAUCAUUAUGAGGAAUUUUUUGCCCCUGAGUUGGAUAAACAUGGUUAUCAAGCUCUUUAUAAGAGAAAAACCAAUGAGGUUUACAGUGGAAAUACCCAUACUAUUGAUGGCUGUGCUACAUUUUUCCGUAGAGAUAGGUUUUCACAUGUCAAGAAAUACGAGGUUGAGUUUAAUAAAGCUGCUCAGUCCUUGACUGAAGCUGUUGUUCCAAGUGCUCAGAGAAAAACUGCUUUAAAUCGUUUGGUCAAGGAUAAUGUUGCAUUAAUUGUGGUUUUGGAAGCAAAAUUCAGUAAUCAAGGAGCUGAUAAUCUCGGGAAACGACAACUUCUUUGUGUUGCAAACACACACGUGAAUGUCCAUCAAGAUUUAAAGGAUGUGAAGCUGUGGCAGGUUCUUACUCUUUUGAAAGGAUUGGAGAAAAUAGCUGCCAGUGCAGAUAUUCCAAUGUUGGUUUGUGGAGAUUUCAAUUCUGUCCCUGGGAGUGCUCCUCAUGCUCUGCUUGCUAUGGGAAAGGUGGAUACAUUGCAUCCAGAUUUGGUGGUAGAUCCUCUUGGAAUCUUACGUCCUCACAGCAAGCUUACACAUCAGCUACCUCUGGUCAGUGCAUAUUCUUCCUUUGCGAGACUGGGUGUUGGUCUUGGUUUGGAACAGCAGAGGAGGAGAAUGGACCCUACAACUAACGAACCCUUGUUUACAAACUGCACUAGAGAUUUUAUUGGCAGCCUAGAUUAUAUAUUUUACACAGCGGACUCUUUGACAGUUGAGUCCUUGUUAGAACUCUUGGACGAGGAAAGCUUAAGGAAAGACACAGCCCUUCCUUCUCCAGAGUGGUCCUCUGAUCAUAUAGCACUUUUAGCGGAAUUUCGUUGCAAGCCUAGACCAAGGCGUUGAUAAUCCUGGGUCUAAUGAUGCUCAAGAUGAUAUCUGGAGAAAUCAAAGGAAUUUAAAGUAAAACGCAAGGAAGGGUAGAUCAUGGUCCAUGUGUCAUUUUGCAGGCAUCUCAUAGUAGGAUCCUUUGCUAUGAUCUGCUUUAUAGCAUGCCAUGUCAUCUUUGUCUCAUAGAAAAGAUAUGUUAUUCAAUCGCUUUAAAUAUAUAUAUUUCUUUUUUUUUUUUUUUCGGCUGAUAGAAAAGCCCACGGGCUUCUUGUAUGUCAUUUAUCCUUGUACUUUAAGCUCCCCUGCUGCUAUGGCAAGUGGUUAGUGGCAUGCUAAUGAAUGUGCCUCUCUCUUAGAUUUGGGUUCC